AUGGCGGACCUCGAAACGAAAGCUGUUCCUACGGACGCAGCCGAUGCGACUCUUGAGAAUAUGGGCUAUCAACAGGAACUCAAGCGCUCGUUUGGUCUUUUGGGAAUGAUAGGAUUUUCGUUCUCAAUUGUAACCUGUUGGAGUGCUCUUGGUGGUGUUUUGGUGACUGGUGUUAAUGCUGGCGGCCCUCCGGUCAUGAUAUGGGGUUGGGUGGGAAUCAGUUUGGUGUCCCUCUGUGUGGCAUACUCGAUGGCAGAGAUGUGCUCAGAAUAUCCUGUUGCGGGUGGACAAUAUUCAUGGGUAUAUAUUCUGUCGCCAAAGAGUAUCCGAAGACAAUUUUCAUACCUUACCGGGUGGUUCAUGAUUAUCGGUAUUUUGGCUAUGGGUGCAACCAACAGUUUCAUUGGAGCAAACUUCAUCCUCGGCCAAGCGAAUUUAGUAAACCCAAACUACACAAUCGAAAGAUGGCACACUGUUCUAGUCGCAUAUCUCAUCACACUCUUCGCAGCAUUCGUCAAUCUGUGGGGAGCUAGGAUACUCGACAGAAUCUCGAAAGGUCUCUUGAUUUUUAAUAUCACGGCCUUCAUUGUGACCAUUGUCACUAUCCUCGCGUGUAACAAGAACAAACAAUCGCCGUCAUUUGUGUUCAAAGACUUUCAGAACUUCACUGGGUUUAGUGCUUCGAUGGCUGGUAUCAUUGGUAUAUUGCAGCCAGCCUUUGGAAUGUGUUGCUACGAUGCACCUGCACACAUGUGCGAAGAACUUAAGGAUGCCAGCAAACAAGCACCGCGUGCUAUGGUCAUGUCCGUAUACAUUGGGGCCAUCACCGGUUUCGUGUUCCUCAUUUCGGUCUGCUUUUGCAUUGGUGACAUCAACCAAGUAGCAGAUACGCCCACUCUGGUCCCACUGAUCCAAAUUUUCUUCGACUCUACCAACAGCAAUGUUGGAUCUUGUUUCCUGGCUACGUUGAUUGUUAUCAUCGAUCUUGGAUGUGCUAAUGCUUUGCUUGCUGAGGGAGCUCGCUCUCUCUAUGCAUUCAGUCGAGACCAUGGUCUUCCAUUCUCCUCGAUCAUUAGCAAGGUCGAGUCGAAACACCACACGCCCGUGGUAGCCAUCUUACUUGGCACUAUUGUACAGAUGGCGUUCAAUAGCAUCUACUUCGGCACGGUCACUGGCUUCAACACAGUCAUUGCCAUUGCUACGGAGGGCUUCUACCUGUCUUACGCCAUGCCCCUCCUCGUUCGCCUGAUCUCGUACUUCAGCGGAACUCAUCGACAGCUCACUGGACCGUGGGCUAUGAAGCCACUUGUUUCUGUUGCAGUAAACUUUAUUGGUCUUACCUACCUCCUGUUCGCAUGUAUCACCUUCAAUUUCCCGAGUGUUUACCCAGUGACCAGCGAGAACAUGAAUUACACAUCUGCGGCUAUUGGUGUAAUCAUGUUUGUUGCACUAGUCACUUGGUUCACUACUGCGAGGAAACAUUUCUCGGGACCGGAGGUCGAGGCUGUGAUCAAUAUCGUUGAGGGGCAUGGAAGUGAGUCUGAGGGAGUGAAGAGUGAUGAGAAGAAGGCCUCCUUGUGA